AUGCCGGCAAAAUCUCAUCUCGUUCUAUGGAUUGUACAAGGACAUGGAGAAGUGUUUACACACUUUAUAUCACUUCCAUUAGCUAUAUACCCUGAUCUGAAAGAAAAGGUUGAGGCUUUUCGGAAUUUUAUAUUGGGUAAUGAUAACAAGCCUUUGAAGUUUCAGAGCACUUUAGAUGAAAUGGGAAUCGAAAAAUCGAUGUUUAUUUCUCCAAAUAGUUUACACUUGACUGUGGUUAUGUUAAAGUUAGAGAGCAAGGAAGCUGUGGAUGCAGCUCAGGAUAUCCUUAAGAGCGUUUCUGCAAGUGUGAGGCAUGCUUUAAAUAACCUACCUGUCUUCAUACGACUUAAAGGAUUGGAUUGUAUGAAUGGAUCUUUAGAGAAAACCCGUGUGCUCUAUGCACCAGUUGAGGAAGUUGGGGGUGAAGGCCGGCUUCUAAGGGCUUAUAUAAUCAUGGACGCAUUUGUGAAUGUUGGAUUUGCUGGGAAAGAUGCAAAGUCACGCUUGAAGCUACAUGUUACGAUGAUGAAUGCAACCUACAGAAGGGAUAAAAGCAAAGGGAUGACUUUUGAUGCACGAGAGAUACACAAAGUGUUUGGGAAAAAAGAUUGGGGUGAAUAUCUAAUCAGAGAAGCUCAGAUCUCAAAAAGGUUUUGGUAUGACUCCAACGGCUACUUCCAUUGCUGUGGCUCACUACCUUUUCCACAUAAGUGA